AGAGAUUCUAGGUUCGGUCCCUAAUGGAGUCGCCAAACUUUAAUACUCAAGCUCUGACUAGGCAACAAUUCCCAUCGACUAAUAGGCCAAGGCAAUUCACCAAGCUUCUAAUCCCUUACAGUGAGGUGUUGAAACAAUUGGUGGCAGUGGGUUUGGUGGAAACAUUGCAAACGUACCCUAUUCGACCACCUUAUUCGCAUUGGUAUGAUCAACAAGCUAAAUGUGAAUAUCAUAAUGUAGUGGGUCAUAGUACUGAACAUUGUACAGCUUUGAAGCAUAAAAUUCAAGAUCUCAUUGAUGAGGGUAAACUUCAGCUUGAUGCUAAGGAAGCUGAGAGCACUCCAAACAUCACUCAAAAUCCUUUAUCCCCUCAUGAUGCAGGCACAAUGAAUAUGGUUGCCCUUGAUGAAGUUGAAAAGCCCGUGUUGGAUAAUGCCAAUUUUUGGUCUCUUGAUGAAUUGUUUGCCAUUUUGACAAAAUAUGAUUUGAUUCAGUCAAUUGCGCAAAUAAACUUGAAUGUUUCACCUGCGAUGAUUGAUGAUGCCUUGGUGUGUCCUUACCACUCCAAUAUGAAGGGGCAUACUUUGCAAGAUUGUGAAGAUUUUCAGAAAAAGGUUAAGGAGUUACAAGCAAUGGGAUCUUUGAAGUUUAUGUCUGUGCAAGAGUCAGAAAAAUGCAUAGCACAGUUUAAGGAAGUGGCUGUGGAUGAUAUCACCGAUGAAAUCUGUUCUGAUGAUGAGGAAGACUAUUUUGGCCUCAACAACCUUUUUGGGUCAGCCAACAUGACAGAUCCUAAGGAAAGGUGGAGGAGGAUGCUUGUUGAAAGGGUAUUCAUGGAGGAGCACCCCAACUUCCAUCUUGUUCAUCAUGUGAAAGCACCAGUGGGUUCACAUGAGUCUAUGCUCCUUGGAACAAGGGAAGAAGAAUCACUAUGUGACUCAUGGAGAAAUUUGACUAUAAAUGCUUUAGAUGAGGAAAAACCGGAAUUUGAUAAGGGAGUUUCACUAGUCAAUGGAAGCUUUCAAGCUAAUUGGACAACAGAACUUCUCUCUGCAGCUUUCAUAUCUGAGUAAAAGGAGUUAGCCUCUAAUAGUUUUGCUUGUGACUACGUGAAAGGAGGGAUUCCACAAGCACCUUUAUAUUUUCUGAAAUUUAUGUUGUCAUGCUUCUACUAUUCCCAUGCUUUCCUUUUCAAUGAAACAUGUUGCAAUCC